AUGAGUUUGAAGUUAUUAUUAGUGUGGUUAUGUUGUGUUAUGGUGUGGUUUGGUCUAGUAUUGGGUAGUGCGAUUGGCAGCCCAAACUUAAGCGCAACAAUGGAUCAGGAAGUCUCCAAUGCAUCUACUGGUUUACCUUGCCUAACAGCUAAUGGCCAGCUAAGUCCAGAGCAAGAUCUGACUAUGUCUAGUUCAACCUAUACAGCCACUUCAGAUGAUCCAACCGACGCAGCACCCAAUACUAACCCAAUGCGGGACAGGAUACUUUCUUGUUUGGAAGCAUUGGGCCUAAUCAAGCUCUUUAAAAAAGUCGAAUGGAUAGAACAUACCAACCCAAACAACUCCCCAACUUGGGAACUUAAGUUAGUUCAGCUAGAAGGUCGACUCGAGAAGCUAGAAAGACAGAAUGUAAUAACAACAGCACAUGAAGUGGCGGAAAUAAGAAACAAGGCAUCCUCAGGUGCCAAUCUACAAUUCCCACAGACAGUAGGACUGGAAUAUGACUUUUGUUUUAUCCCCUCAACUCUUGGCUCAGAUGGCACGAACGCCGGCACAAAGCAGAUAAGCUACAAGCAGUAUCUAGAGGACUUAAAGCCACUGAAAAAGAUCAUUUGCCCACUUAAGUUAGUGAUCAGCGGAGAGUCAAAUGGCACUGAGAUACUUGACCAACUUGAGCUGUUAUUGUUUCUAUUGCGGGUUAUGGAUGCUUCUGAAGUCGACAUAAACUGGACGGACGAUAGUAUGACCCGGUUUAGUACGGAAUCAAAGAAUAGGCUUAUAUCUUUACUGAAUAGUAUCGCCGAGGUGAUGAUGGGGCGAAAGCUUGUUUUUAAGGUUAUAACUCGCCCGGGUAAUACUGCGGUUUGGAACGAUUUCCGUGUGUUGUUCGAAAAAGACCACACUAUUGAUUUGGUGUUUGUGGAAUCUGCGCUGGAGGAGUCAGACACCAAUGACUCAACCUAA